ACUCGCUGCUCGCCAUCGUGGGCGGCGGCUGCCACCGCCCCGGCCUGCUGGCCUCCGUGCUGCACGAGCUGGAGCGAGGCAUCCGCUCCUGGGACAUCGACCUCACAGCCUGCAACCUGGAUGAACAGCUAAAGCUCUUCGUGUCCCGCCACUCGGCCACCUUCUCCAGCAUCGUGAAAGGUCAGCGGACCCUCCACCACCGGGGAGAUGUGCUGGAGACCCUGGUGCUGCUCAACCCUUCGGAUAAGUCCCUGUGCGACGAGCUGCGGAACCUCAUCACAGACGUGUCCCAGCACAAGCUGCUGGUGUUCGCGGGGCCCUGCGUGGAGGAGACGGGGGAGCUGAUGCUGCAGACGGGCUGCUUCUCGCUGAGGGACUUCAUCCAGAUCUUCACAGACAAGGAGGUAGGAGAGAUGCUGAGCUCUGCAGACCCCUCUGCCAAGGCCAGGCUGACCAUCAGCUGCCCUGACUUUGGAGAGUGGAAGGACUCGGGUCUGGACCAUCACAACCUCCAGGACUUCAUUGAGCUGCGAUACAACCCAGGCUGCAUCCUGCCAGAGAUGGAGGGUCUGGAGGAGUUCGUGGAGUAUCUUUCGGAGUCCCUGGAGCCGCAGUCUCCCUUUGACCUCCUUGAGCCCCCCACCAUGGUCGGCUUCCUCAAGCUCUCUAAGCCCUGCUGCUAUAUCUUCCCGGGCGGGAGAGGGGACUCGGCCUUCUUUGCUGUCAAUGGCUUCAACGUGCUGGUGAACGGGGGCUCCAACCCCAAGUCAUCCUUCUGGAAGCUGGUCCGGCACCUGGACCGCAUUGACUCCAUCCUGGUGACGCAUGCGGGCACUGACAGCUUGCCUGGUGUCAACAGCCUGCUGCAGAGGAAGCUGGCAGAGCUGGAGGAGGACCCAUCCCAGGGCUCGCAGGGCAAUGGGGACUGGGCGAAGAACCUCAUCUCUCCAGAGCUGGGCGUUGUGUUUCUCAACGCCUCUGAGAAGCUGAAGGACAUUGAGGGCAACUCCCGGGUGCUGAAGAGCUGUGAUGAGGCUGCCCUGACCCUGCACUACCUGGACAAGCUGGGCAUCCGCCCCAAUCCACUGGCUCGGGACAGCAGCCCCCGCGUGGAGCCCACUGUCCUCUUCCAGAAGAUGGGGGUCGGCCGGUUGGACAUGUACGUCCUGAACCCUGUAAAGGGCACCAAGGAGCUGGAGUUCCUCAUGCAGCACUGGUCAGGCAAUAGCUACCCCAAAGAACAGGACUUGCCCCUGCAGUGUCUGACCUCCAUUUGCGCCCUGCUUGUCUGGCACCCUGUCAAUCCCUCCGAGAAGAUCAUCCGGGUCCUCUUCCCUGGUUGCACUCCGCAGGCCCGCAUCCUGGAGGGACUGGAGAAGGUGAAGCACCUGGAGUUCCUUAAGCACCCUGUGGUCACCAAGAAUGACUUGAAAGGGCUGUCUGUGCCCCAGCCUGAGAAGCAGCUCAAGCAGAAGAGGGCAGAGAGCAAGGAGAGCCUGAAGUCUGCUUCCAAGUUGAGUCUGGUGGAUGCUGGGACACCAAUGCCAAAGGAGAAGGUUCCAAAGACGGAGAGGAAGGAGGUGAAGUCAGGGACCAAGGAGAAACUGAGAUCACUGGGGGAGACUACUAGAACAGUGUCAGAGGAGGAGAGAACCAAGGAUGCUCGAGCCAAGCUGGACUCCUCGAUGGAAAAGCUCAAAAUGGACACGAAACCAAAGGUGAGUAAGGAGAAAACAGUGCCCAAGAAGGAGCCUAUUCCCCGAAAAGAGGAGAAGAAGCCGGUGAAGAAGGAAGAUGGGACUGAGGUGAAGGGUGAAGCCAGGAAGGAGGUGAAGACAGUGAAGAAGGAAGUGAAGGCUGAAACACUGCGAAAGGAUGUGAAGGACAGCAAGGCAGAGGAUAAGGGGGCUGCAAAACCCCCAGCCCGGAAAACACCAGGCCCAGACACUCGCAAACCCUUGGCCAAGACUGGGAGCAUCAAGAAAUCCACCCUCAAGAAGGAGCCAGAGAAGCCCAAGGCCAAAGCACCCAAGGAGACGGGUAGCAAGAAGGAGCCAGGGGCAUUGGAUAGUUCCAAGUCCCCCUCCCCUGAGGACGUGCUGCCAGAGGCUGAGCCAGGCCGGGGGGCUGCGUCACCAGGAGCGGAGGGGAGGAAGAAGGAGGAGUCAACAGAUGAAGGCAUCACUACGGCAGAGAGUGAGCUGGAGCCAUCCCCGCUGGAGAAUGGGGAGGCCGGGGUGCGCACUGGGCCAGGGGCUGCAGACUUGGGCUGCAUGGAGAAUGGCCUGGAGGACCCCGACAGCCCCCAGCGCUUCCGCUACCUCGAGAGCAGCCCUUUCAAAGCCAUUGGCCCCCCAUCGCCCCUGGCCAAGACCCCCAAGAGCGACCGCAGCGUCAACUUCGACCUCACGCCCACCGGGCUGCUCAACCACUGCGCAGAGGGGGGCGAAGACCCUUGUGGCAGCUCCGAGGAGAAGACGCUAGAGAUGAUGUCUCCAGCCAGCUCGGGGCCUGCCAGUGCCGGACACACUCCCUUCCACCAGUCCCCGGUGGACGAGGCAGGAGAGGAGCCGGGUGCUGGCACCAACGCCAACAAGCAACCCAACUCCUGGCCGCCGGCUGCGGCGAAAGCCUCGCAUGACAGCUCUGGCUCCUCGCAGGAGAAGCAGAUGGGCUGCCUUUCCCUGAGCCCCUUCAAGGACGACGUCCCCGAUGUGUCCCCUACCAUCACCACCCCCUCUCUGCCAGCCGAAGUGGGGUCCCCGCACUCCACCGAGGUGGACGAGUCGCUCUCCGUCUCCUUUGAGCAGGUGCUGCCCCCCGUGAGCGAGUCCCCCCAGGAAGAAGGGGGGAACCGGCCCCGCGGGGUCAGCCUGACCCCGGAGCCGGACGCUGCGGCCGCCAAGGGUGGGCUGUCGCUGCCCCUGCGGCCCUGCCACCACCCGCAGCGGGCGGACGGGGACGGGCCGCCGCGCCACGGGCGCCGCUCCGACUCGCCCCACGACGUGGACCUGUGCCUGGUGUCGCCCUGCGAGUUCGAGCACCCCAAGUCGGAGCGGUCGCCCUCCGCCAACGUCAGCCCCCGGGACUUGUCGGACAGCGACCUGUCGCAGGAGAUGGCGCAGCCCCUGGCGCAGCGCCGGAGCCAGGCACGCAAGCCGGGGGGCGAGACGCCCCCCACCUCCGUGAGCGAGUCGCUGCCCACCCUCUCUGACUCUGACGUCCCUCCGGCCACCGAGGACUGCCCCUCCAUCCUGGCUGACGGGCUGGAGUCGGAUGAGGACUCGGAGCACCCUGCCCGGGGCCUCAUGAGGGCCCGUGACCCGCUCCCAGCCCCCAUGAAGGACCCCUGCCCCAUCCCUGCCCAGCCUGGCAUCUGCAUGGUGGACCCUGAGGCCCUGCCAGCCGACCAGAUCCGCUCGGGGAAGAAGGAGCUCCCCAGCAAGGUGAAGAGGACCCCAUCCCGCGUGGGCUCGGCACCCGCCGCCCCGAAAGCCGAACCCCCCAAGCACUCCACCCUGGGCUCCAAGGCCCGGGGCCCCAUGAGCUCGGCCCGUGACGCUGGGGACAAGGCCAGGCUGCCUCCUGGGGACAGGAAAGGCCCCUAUGGUGGGGCAGCUGGGGACUCCCGUGCCCCUGGGACCACCCGCAGCGCUGGAGCCAGGCCGCUGGCAGCAGCUGGCAGGGCGUCUCCAGCAGGCUCGCGGGCCGCGGCCCCUCCAGGCCCCCCCGUCUACGUGGACCUGGCCUACCUACCCGGCUCGUGGAGCGCCCGGACGGUGGACGAGGAGUUCUUCCGUCGCGUGCGCUCCCUCUGCUACGUGGUGAGUGGUGACGACCACCUCAAGGAGGGCGUCAUGCGGACCAUCCUGGAUGCCCUGCUCACCGGCAAGCACCAGUGGGGCACCGACAUCCAGGUGACCCUGAUCCCCACCUUUGACUCACUGGUGAUGCAUGAGUGGUACCAGGAGACCCACGACCGGCAGCAGGAGCUGGGCAUCACAGUGCUGGGCAGCAACAGCACCGUGGCCAUGCAGGAUGAGACCUUCCCCGCCUGCAAGGUGGAGUUCUGAGGAGAGCUGUGGUGGCGUGACCCUACCUGGCCGAGAGGAGGAGGUGGCAUGGGCUUCAUCCCCACCUUCCUCCUCCUCAGCGUGCCUCCCCUUCCCUCCCUUCCUCCCCAUGGCUCAGGGCUGUGCUGGCUGCUGAGCCUCAGAGGGGAGGGAGGGGAAGGGUCUGCUGGGGAGGAAGGAUGUGGGGUCGUCCCCUCCCUCUGGACUGGCAGGGCUCCCGUGGGGCCCGCAGCACCCACCCGUGCCGCGCCGUCACGCACCGUGUGGUUAGCGCAUGCCCACGCCGGAGCCACGCACUCCUCGCUCUGCACCGCCGCGGCCCUGGCGCAGGCCUGGGGGGCUGGAGUGACCCUGCCUUUGGGGGGCAGGAUCCAUCCCCUCCCGCGUCCAGCUGCGGUGCUGAGCCGUUUCCCGGCAGGCAGCAAGCCUGAGCCGUGCUCGACUUACAGGGUAACUUUUUGUUGUUUGCUGUUCCUACCCCGGACCCAGAUCAGCCACUACUGCCCUCCCGGGGCGGGGGGGAGCCGGGCCCCCUUCCCGGGGGAGCCGAGCCAGGACGACUCGGCCGCCCGCCCACCCGCGGAGCCGCCCCGCGGCUUUCCCGGCCCCGCGGGGCUCGGGCCGCGGCGGCUGCUCCCCGCCACUACAGCGCCUGGCUUCGCCCUCCGCCCCGUCCCGCUCCGCGGGCGCUGCCCCGACUGCAUGGCCGGCACCUCGGCACUCCUCGCCACCGAGCGCCACGGGAAAGGGGCCGGGAGCGGGGUGGGCAGGGGCUUUGCUACACCACCAUCUGUCUCACUGUCUGUGUUUCCUCCGUCUGUGGCACCGGUGCGAGCAAGGAAGAGUCUCGAGGGGGGACAGGAGCCCUCCCAGGUCCUGCUAAGAGCAGUUGUGUCCCUUCUUCCCUCUCCAUCGCGGCCCCUCCUGUCCUCUCGUCCUCACGGGCAGCACCUGGAGGCUUUGUUCUCCGCUGAGCUGAGACCUGCCAGCUCGCUGCACCGAUGGCUCUUCCCUCCCUCCCUCCCUGCCAGCAAAGGCACCUGGCACGGGGCCAGGCUGGCUCUCCCUUCCCUGGCCCAGCCUGUGCAGCGGGCUGGGCUGCGGAAAGCAGCUCUCCCUCCCCUUGGCCCCUGCCGCCCUCGAGUAGCUGGAUGAGAAACCAAAUGUCACGUGCAAUUUUUAAGGGGUUUUGUGUGUUGAGCUGGGACCAGGGGGGUGCAGCAGGGGCCGAGCGGGCACCGGAGCGAGGGCUCGUCCCCUUCCCUCAUCCCUGCCGCGGGAGCGGGGGCCGCGCUCUGCCUCCGCUCGCGGUCCCUGCCGGCCCCCGGGUCGAGGGCAAACACUAACCAGUUUUGUAGGGGGCUCCUUGCUGGCUCUUUUUGUAAUGACUUUUUAAAAAAAAGAAAAGAGAAAAAAAUAGAAAACAGAAGAAACUGAACAAACCAAAACUGUUCCUGCGGGAGGUUCUUAUUUAUCUGUGGUUGCCACUGUGAGGCUGCGGCCCCUCGGCCCCCAGCCCUGGGGACCGGCUCGUGGCCGCAGGGGCCUUUUUACGUUUGAUUGUAUUGUCCUACGUGUUAGGGGACGGGGGGGUGGGGGGAUUGAAUGUUUCACCUUUAGUGCUUUAUAUAUUUUUUCUUAGCUGGAAGCUGUUUUUAAUGUUGGAGGGGCGGCGGGAGCCGCAGCCCCCCGCCCGGGGCUGCAGUCCUGCCCGCGCCGCCGGGCCGCGGCGGUUGUCAUUGCUAGAUGUACGGACACCGGCACGCACCCCCGUGUUGCACACGAUGUUACGGUUUGGCAAAUGUAUUGAAAACAAGCAUUAAAGAGAUAAUAGCUCGA